CCUUCUCACCACGAAGAAUAGAACGAGCAGCCAGGAAAUCUAGCAGCAUCACUCGAUCACAAUGCCGCGGCGAAAUUACAAAACUCCAAAUAUCGACAUUCCCUUUGUGCGAGAUAACCCAGCGGACUUCGAAGGCUGGGCGCAGCGGAGGCGUGAGCAAGGCCGCAGAGAGAGCGAGAUUGACACAGCGAGUAAUGGCGAUCAGGGGAUUUACGAUGAUGGGUUGCAAAAUGCCGCAAGCAGCCCGGAAGCAGCUGGAUCCCCGACACAGGCAACGGCACAAUCUCUGACUGCGUCUGCGUUGCGAAAUAUCCAGACGGCGACGCAAACGACAAGAAGACGCAUUAUGCAUUGGGUAGAUGACACAGUUUCUCUGGUUACGCCUGUGGGGGGAUUUCGCAACGUUACUGGCGGUGGCCUUAAUGACCUAGACGACGAGACAUUUCUUCAAUACCAGGCGCAGGAUGAUCCCCAUAACACUCUAGAUGUCGUCAACAAUAUAUUGCGAAAUAACACUCGCCAUGUCCAGGUUUCCAGUGACCGUGAAAUGAGUGAGCCAGCAGAGGAUGUAAUACCCGAUCUACCGGCGUCUCAGGAGGCAAUUGGCAUGCAAAAUAAUACAUCAGAGCGCUUGUCCGAUGCCAACAUCCCCCUACUAUAUGAUCACGAUGAGGAUGUUAUUACACUAUUGGAUGCUGAUGAGGUUGAUUUUGAGAAUAUUAACGAUAUGCAAUUUUCUCAGUUACCUAAAACGAAUCAAUUGCUUCCAAGUGUCUUUUGUUGACGACCAAUUCACUGGACCAGUGCAGUGCAGUAAGUG